GUAAGUAUUGUUAGUUGCAUGUGGAUUAUAACUUCAAGAAAUAUAUUCAACUACUUGACCCAAAAUCUUAGGAAUAUACAAAUACUAAAUUAUGAACAUUGACUUACUAGUUCCUACACAUCUAUAUAACUGUAAUUCAUUUGGGGUAUGAAUAUCAUCUACCCUUAAACCUUCUUAAACUACAACUUUUUGCAUUAAACCAGGCCAGUUUCCAACUUUAAUAAUAGCUAGAGUUGGAAAAUGGCACCAUCCAAGAUAUUUUAUCUUGGAUGCUUUGUUUUGUUGUUGGGCAUGUUGAUAGAGGCAACUACUCCUCCGGGGAUUGCCAAAAAUCCUUCAAGAGCGUCAUGUAAGAUCAAGAAGUACAAGAUGUGCUAUAACUUGGAACAUGUUUGUCCUAAGUUUUGUCCAGACAGUUGUGAAGUAGAAUGUGCUUCAUGCAAGCCAAUUUGUUCUUCUGGAUCAUCAUCAAGUGAUGGUGACAAGGGAUCCUCCUCCCCGCCUGAAAAUGAUUCACCUUCGUCUGAUACAGGAUCAUCACCACCUUCGACAGAUGCGGGAUCAUCAUCAACUCCACCUGGAUAUAAUUCACAAUCACCACCAUCAUCUAAAGAUGAAUCAGGUGGUAAAAAAGGUGGUGAAAAUUCUAUAGGAGAUAAAGAAGAUAAAAAUGAUGAAAGUGAGAACAAAGAAGAUGAUCAAAAUGGUGGUAAAAAAGCAAAAGAUAAGGGAAAAACUAGUGAUGACGACGAAAAAGAAAACAAAGAUGGUAAAAAAGGAGCUGAUGAAGACAAAAAAGAUGAUAAAGGAGAUGCUGAAAAUGAUUCAUCUUCAUCUAAUACAGGAUCAUCACCACCUACAUAUGAUAUACCUUCUACUGCUAAAGGAUCAGUAUCACCACCGUCAUCUAAGGGUGGUUCGGAUAGUAAAAAAGGCGGUGAAAACUCCAAAGGAGGUAAAGAAAAAGAUAACAAGAAUGAAAGUGAGAAAAAAGGAGAAGAUAAAGAUAGUGGUAAGAAAGGAGAUGAUGAGAAAAAAGUUGUUAGUGAAGGGGAAGAAAAAAACAAAGAUGGUAAAAAAGGAGUCGAUGUGAAGGAAAGUGGUAAAAAAGGAACUGAUGAAGAUAAAGCAGGUAAAGAGAGAGACGAUGAUGACAAUGAUUCACCUUCGUCUGAUGCAGGAUCAUCAUCACCUACGUAUGAUAUACCUUCUAUUCCUAAAAGAUCAUCACCACCAUUGUCAUCUAAAGAUAAUUCGGAUUCGGAUGGUAAAAAAGGCGAUGAAAAUUCCAAAGAAGAUAGAAAAAAUGAAAGUGGGAAAAAAGAAGAUGACAAAAAUAGUGACAAGAAAGGAGACGAUAAGAAAAAGACAGGUAAUGAAGAGGAAAAAGAGAACAAAGAUUAUAAAGAAGGAGUCCAUGUAAAGGAAAGUGGUAAAAAAGGAUCUGGUGAAGAUAAAGAAGGUAAAAAAAAAGACGAUGAUGGCAAUGAUUCGCCUUCAUCUAAUACAGGAUCAUCAUCACCUACAUAUGAUACACCUUCUACCGCAGAAGGAUCACCACCGCCAUUGUCAUCACCAUCACCUAAAGAUGGUUCGAAGAGUAACAAAGACGGUGAAAAUUCCAAGGGUGGUAGAGAAGAUACCAAGGAUGAAAGUGGAGGAAAAGUUAAAGAUAAAAAUGGUGGUAAGAAAGCAGGCGACGUGGAAAAUGCUAAGGCUAAAAAUGAAGGGGAUAAAUCUCCAUCACAAUCUGGGGUACCAUCAUCUAAUUCUCAUACUCCAACACCAUCUUCAACAACGCCUUUAGCACCAUCUCCUUCUCCCCUGUCGAAAACACCAUCUCAUACAUCUUCACCACAAGCACCACCUUCCUCUUUUACUCCGUCAACACCACAAUCACCACCACCAAUAGCUGCAUCUCCAACUCCAUCUACUCAGUCACCACUUGGGGAUAAUUCUUCAUCUUCAUCUUCGUCAUCAUCAUCAUCAUCCUCCUCUGCUUCUUCCUCGUCCUCCUCCUCAUCAUCGUCGUCAUCAUCAUCGUCAUCAUCAUCAUCUUCUGGAGGACCACCUAAUUCUAAUACUUCAACAACUCCAUCACCAUCACCUAAAUCUCCACCACCUUCAAUACCAUCGCCUACUCCAUCACCAUCAAUCCCCCCGUCACCACCAACAUCAACUCCUGAUACUCCAUCUACCCCACGAUCACCCCCACCAUCAACACAUCAUUCACCCACUCCAUCUUCGACAACUGCAUCUCCAACUCCAUCACAUGGAGAUAAUUCCUCAUCUACAAAUUCUUCAUCAUCGUCAUCAUCCUCCACUUCCUCUUCGUCUUCGUCGUCCUCCUCCUCAUCAUCGUCGUCAUCGUCGUCGUCUGGAAAAACACCAUCUGAUUCUCAUACUCCAACAACCCCAUCAGCAUCUCCUAACUCUCCACCACCAUCAAUAACAUCGUCUAAUAUAUCACCAUCUCCAUCAAUCCCCCAAUCGUCACCACCAACAUCAGCUCCUGAUACUCCAUCUACCCCACGAUCACCACCACCAACACACCAUUCUCCUACUCCAUCUCCGACAAUUGCACAUCCAACUCCAUCACAUGGAGAUAAUUCUUCAUCUUCGUCUUCAUCCUCUUCUGCCUCUUCCUCAUCAUCAUCAUCAUCAUCAUCCUCUUCAGCUUCUUCCUCUUCAUCAUCAUCGUCGUCGUCAUCUAAAACACCAUCUAAUUCUCAUACUCCAACAAUCCCAUCACCAUCUCCUAAAUCUCCACCACCUCCAAUAUCAUCACCUACGCCAUCAUCACCUCCUAAAUCUCCAUCAAUUUCCCCAUCUUCAUCAUCACCAACAUCAGCUCCUUAUACUCCAUUAACCCCACCAUCAACUAAAUCUCCAUCUUUAGCACCAUCACCUACUCCAUCGGCCACAUCAUCUCCUCCUAAUACUCAAUCUAAUGAAGGACAUAAUUCAACCUCCUCAUCCUCCUCAUCUUCAGGAUCACAGUCUAAAUCUCCUACUCCAUCGACCCCACCAUCUUCCCCUCUGUCUCCAUCACCAUCACCUUCAACUCCAUCUCGUACGCCACCAUCUCUAACACCCUCUUCGUCUACACCAACCUCACCAUCACCACCGCCAGUUUCAUCAUCACAUCCUUCUACUCCAUCAACCCCAUCAUCUCCUACCCCACCAAAACCUUCAUUAGAUACACCUAAUUCAGGAUACAAUUCAUCCUCUUCGACGUCAUCAUCAUCAUCAUCAUCAUUAUCAUCAUCUUCAUCCUCAUCUUCAUCCUCGUCUUCAUCAUCAGGAGCACCAUCUAAUUCUUCUAAUCAUCCAUCCCCAACCCCAUCACCAUCUCAUAAAUCUCCACCCCCUUCAACACCAUCUCUUACUCCAUUAUCACCAAAACCUUCUCCAUCUAAUCCAUCAACUCCGCCAUCAUCAUCACCCCAACCAAAUCCUACUCCAUCCACACCACCGUCACCUCCAAUAUUAUCUCCUACUCCGUCAACCACAUCACCACCAUCGAAUACAUCUGGUUCUAAUAAUGGAUAUAAUUCGUCUUCAUCAUCAUCGUCGUCGUCGUCGUCGUCAUCAUCAUCGUCGUCGUCGUCGUCAUCAUCAUCUUCCUCUUCCUCCUCUUCAUCCUCACCGUCAUCAUCAGGGGCGCCAUCUAAAUAUCCUACUCCAUUAACCUCACCAACACCUUCUACUUCUCAUAAUUCUAGAAAGAGAGUUAGAUGCAAGAACAAGGACUACAACCAAUGUUAUAACCAAGAGCAUGUAUGCCCAGCCAGUUGCCCUACUUCUUGUCAAGUUGAUUGUGUCACUUGCAAGCCCGUUUGCAAUUGUGACUAUCCAGGAGCAGUGUGUCAAGACCCUCGCUUCAUAGGAGGAGAUGGAAUUACCUUUUACUUCCAUGGUAAGAAGAACGAAGACUUUUGCCUUGUAAGCGACCAAAAUCUCCACAUCAACGCACACUUCAUUGGAAAAAGAAAUAAAAAGAUGAGUCGCGACUUCACAUGGGUUCAAUCCAUUGGAAUCUUGUUCGACAACCAUCGUCUCUUCUUAGGCGCCACAAAGACUUCUGAAUGGAAUGAUGCCAAAGACAGCCUCUCAUUGGCCUUUGAUGGAGAGCCCAUAUUCUUGAAAGAAACUCAAGGUUCUCGAUGGUCAUCCACCACAAUGCCACGAGUCAUUAUAACAAGGAUGAGUGAAACCAACAGUAUUAUUAUCCAAGUGCAAGGAAAACUUCAGAUCACGGCCAAAGUAGUACCCAUUACCGAUGAAGAAUCUAGGGCACACAGCUAUGACAUAACCGACGAGGACUGCUAUGCUCAUCUUGACCUCGGAUUUAAAUUCUAUUCAUUGACUGACAGGGUUGAUGGUGUGUUAGGAAAAACUUAUAGGGAUGAUUACGUGAGUCGAGUGAAAAUGGGAGUAGCCAUGCCAAUUAUGGGAGGAGACAAGGAGUAUGCAAGUAGUAGCAUUUUUGCCACUGAUUGUUUGGCUUCAAGGUUUUAUGACGGUCAGGAUGAGACUUCCAUCCAAACCAUGAAUCUUGCUAGCAUGAAUUGUGCUAGUGGGAUGAAUGGACGAGCAGUAGUUUGCAAGAGGUAACAAAAAAAUAAACU